AAAUGGUUAAGCCAAACGAAGCGAAAAUUCGCAUUGCUUUCUGCUUCUGAAACAGCAAUACGAAAGUAACGCAUCCAAUCCAAAUUCAAUCCCUUUCUUCACCUAACUUCGCACUCUCCUUUUAUUUAUCCAUCUGCCAACUCCAAGGAAUUGAGAUCUCUCUUUCUCUAUCACUAACACGCUGCACGCAGAGAGAUUUUUGUACAUUUCGUGAGGUUGGAAGUGGAGAGAAACCUUCACCUCCGGCUUUUACAUUAUUAUUCUUUUCCCUUUUUAGAUUUUUGAUAAUUUACUUGGCUGUUGAUUGGAGCUAUUUGAGAUAAGGUUUUGUUUUUCUUGGUUUUCUAUUUGUAUAUAUUUUGCUUUUUUUUUUUUUUAGAUUAUAAAAAAAAACACCUUGGGUUUGAUUAUACAUUGUCUCUGCUCUGCUACUCAUAGAAAUAAAUAUUGGUUGUCUGAUUUGGUGCAUAUAGAGACAAUACUGCUGGUGGGUUUUGUGAGGAAAUCUUGAAAUUUGAUGUAGUGGUGGCCGAAAUCUUGUUUGCUAAUGAAUCAGGAGGAGCAGAAGGUACUACCGGGUCAUCUUGAUCCGGGGACGAGUGAGAAUUCGAGCAGUUCAGUUAAUGGGGUGGUGCCCGAGACUAUGAUUUCGGUGAGUUCAGAAGAGAAGGAAUCUACGUGUGUUGGUGAAGCAAAAAAUGGGGUUUUGAACGAAUUGGGUAGUGAGUUGGGGUCAAGUAAGGUUCUAAUGGACAGGCUUGAACAUUGGGUCAAUCAGGAGGUGAUUGAUCGGUGUGGCGGAGGUGAGGAACCGAGUCGAGUUGAUCGAGGGACAAGUGAGGAUUCGAGCAGUUUGGGUGGUGGGGUUGUUUCUGAUACUGGGAUUGUCAUUAAUUCGGAUGAGGCUUUGCCUGUUGGUGGAGAUGAUAGGGGAUUGGGAGCAAAAAUUAACGAAUUGGUGUCGAGUAAGGUACCUAGCAAAGAGGUGCAUAAAGGGGUCUCUGAAUCGGAGAAGAAUUCGUGUGUGAUUGAUGUGAAGUGCAGUAGUGGUAUUGGGUUUGGCGACAAUUGGGAUGGGGAGAGGGUUUGUAGGAUUUGCCAUUUGGGUUCUGAGCAAUCAUCAGAAUUGGAUACUGGUGAUUCUGAUAUGACGACAACAACAGAUUUAAUUCAGCUUGGUUGUGGGUGUAAAGAUGAGCUUGGCAUUGCACAUAGUUACUGUGCUGAAGCGUGGUUCAAGCUAAGGGGGAACAGAUUGUGUGAGAUUUGUGGUAAGACUGCAAAAAACGUUAAGGGUGCUGUGCAUAGCAGAUUUAUGGAGGAGUGGAAUGAAAGGAGAUUUACAGCUGGCAGUAGUAACUCCUCAGGAAGAGGUGGAGGAUGUUGGCGGGGACAGCCAUUUUGUAACUUCCUGAUGGCAUGCCUGGUAAUAGCUUUUGUGCUGCCAUGGUUUUUUCGUGUAAAUAUGUUCUGAUAUGGUAGUGAAUAAACUUGCAAAUGUUCUUCCUGGGAAUAUCAUUUUUUUUUUCACGCAUGCAUGGUGUUGGUGCAUCAUGUGGGGUUUCUGGCAUUAUUUUGGUGUGACAAAGACACAAUGCCUAGUUAGGUCUUCACAUUUGGCCCUGAAAGUUUGAGGCUUCAGUGUUCAGAUGAUAAAAGUUGUCGCCCCGACAACUAGGGAGCACCAGAUCGGACUGUUGUUCUUUGCUUUGCAGUUGAUGUGGCCGGUAAUGUUAUGAGAAUUUCUUCCUUGGUUUCA